AUGGAAGACAAGUUUGAUGAAGGUCCGCGCAACUACAACGAUGAGUCAAGUGCCGUUGAGUUUGAUGAUCAAGACGAGGACGAAGAAAAAGAAGAAGGUAAAACUGACGACGACAUGGACUCGAGCGACGAUGACAACGAAGACACCAGGUCUUCGAAGAGCAACAUCAAGAGACACACGCGCACUCAAUCACUUGAGAAAGCUACCGUCAUUCCAAGUCCCAAGCGAAGAACGUACAGAGGUCCGUCGCUUGAGCAUGUGUCAGCGGCUGCAAUGGAUUUUGAAGCAGCCUACAUCGUUGAUUCAGUGGGGGAAACGCCGACUACAUUCAAGUCGGCGAUGGAAUCAAGCGACUCCGGCAAGUGGAAAGAAGCGUGUGACUCGGAGUUCGACUCGCUUCAGAGAAACGACACGUGGGAAAUCGUGCCUCUUCCGAAAGGUCGCAAGGCCAUCGGGUGCCGAUGGGUUUUUCGUGUAAAGGAGAAUCAAGAUGGCGAAGUUGAACGUUUCAAGGCAAGACUUGUGGCCAAAGGAUUCUCACAGAAAUUCGGAGUUGACUAUGAAGAAACUUUCGCACCGGUGGCCAAGUUCACAUCGAUUCGUGUGGUGCUCAGUAUGGCGGCCAAGUACGGCCUAAUGCUACAUCAGAUGGACGUCAAGACAGCGUUUCUUAACGGCUCCCUCAACAAAGACAUCUACAUGGACUAG